CGCUUGUGCGCCUCGCACAUUCCGCGGAUGCAGAGUUGCGCUUCGUCUUACGGAAGCAUGCUGCAGGCCGCGGCGUGGUGACGAGAGGGGCUGCGCGGCUGUGCGGGACGGAUGACAGCGAGGAGACGCCCCUAGCGCAGGACUCUUUCCUCGGCGGCCCGGACGAGCCCCUGGCGCUCGCUCCGUAUAGAGCUCGAGGAUUCGGAGACGUCUUGGCCCAAGUCCACCCCACCACCACCUCAAGAUGCACCUCGCCGCCCUCCUUACCGUUCUCGCCGCGCCCGUGCUCGUCGCCGCGGGUGCCGCCCAUCCCGUCGGCACGGUGCCGGCGACGUGGGACGGGCAGUGUGCCUAUCCUCGUCCGCAGCAGGGCUUCAAGGCCAGCCGCUACGUCGGCCCGCAGCCCGACGGCGACAGCCGGGCGGUGUGGUACCAGCUCGCGGCGCAGGACCAGCCCUUCUCUUCUGACUGCCGCUGCGUCAACGCCUCGUACGGCUCGUUCCGCAACGGCACUGUCACCGUAGAGAACCGCUGUGUACGUGGCGAGACGUCGAGCGGCAUCAAGGGUGUCGCCCCGCCUGCAGCGCCCGAGUUCGGCGCCGGCGCCUUCCGCGUCGACUUCGGCGCGCGCUCCACGAACACGGCCGAGGGCUGCCAAGGGCCCAACUACAUCGUCCAGAAGGCCUACUACAACAAGCCCGGCGAGAAGCUGUGCACCAAGGCCAAGGGGCGCAGGCAGUACGAGACCGUCAUCGUCUCGUCGGACAACUUCGACGGUUGGUUCGUGCUCAGCCGCACGCGCAACGUCGAGCAGCGCGUCGUUGAGGAGUACAUCAAGGAGGUCGCGGCGCUGGGCAACCCCCUUACCAAGCCCUACUCCAUCACGGACCAGUCCAACUGCCCGGCCGUGCCCUGAGACACGGGCCCGUCACGCAAUGGCACCCUUUGCGCAACGG